AUGCUGCUAUCCUCGCUACUCUUGACAGCCCUGCCGCUGGCAGCGAAUACCAUCAACGUCGUACAGAGCAACGACGAUGGAUGGGCCAUGAUCAAUAUCCGAGAACUCCACAGAAGCUUGACAGACGCUGGCUUCAGCUCCAUCAUCUCAGCACCGGCAGACAACAAGAGCGGCAAAGGCUCAAAAGAUGCAGAGCCUGUUCAAGUAGGCCACAAGGGAUGUCAGUUCGGAUCUUGCCCAUCCUUCUCACCACCCUACGGCAAUAAUGCUUCCGAGCCACAGUUCAACUACGUCAACUCAUAUCCUGUCACAGCCAUGCGACACGGAAUCCAGAACCUCUCCCAGACUUUCUUCGCAGGUCCACCUGACAUCGCACUAUCUGGGCCAAAUGCAGGCAACAAUCUUCGCUGGGCUGCGCGGAGAUCCGGGACUGUCGGGGCGGCUGUUGAGGCUGCUGAGCUUGGAGUCCCAGCGAUAGCAUUCAGUGGUCCAGGGCAUUAUCGUCCAUGGACCGACCCUGUUCAGCCUUAUAUGGAAAUCUACUCCGAGCUGUCGACGAUUGUGGUGGAGGUCCUGACUAACGGUAGCAAGCCAUACCUACCUGACGACACCAUACUGAACGUCAAUUAUCCUCACCUCCAAGACGUAUGUGAGUCGGUAUCAGACGUCAAUUUCGUGCUUACGAGGGUCUUUCCGAGAUGGGUUUUUAGGUUCCUGGACCUUUCGCCCCGCCGAGAUGAUGUUGAAAUGUGUGGGAGCAAGCUCCUGCCUGAUGAGCAGAGUGUCGUGCGUGGGAAAGGUUGUCAUGCGUCGAUUAGUGUCAUGAGUACUAAGAAGAAAGAUGUCGAUGCGGAGAAGCAGAGGUUCGUGGCGGAUAGACUGGGGAGCAUAUUGACUUGCUUGCCAGGUAAGCGUAGGAAAGGACUUUAG